AUGGACAAUAGUGGCCACCACACGGCGACCAAAAUCCUAGCGACUCCUCCGGCCAGAGAAAGCCUGUCUGCGAGGAGCAACAUGAUCAGCACUCCCAAACCCCUCGCUUUCUCCAUUGAGCGAAUCAUGGCGAGGACGCCAGAGCCCCGCUCCAUCCCCGUCCCGCAGUUCCUGCAGGGCUCCGUGGCCAAAGGCGACCCCAAGCACCCGCUGCACCUCAACUCCUCCAUCCCCUGCAUGAUCCCUUUUGUCCCGGUGGCGUACGACCCCCUGCCCAAAGCGGCCGUGGCCGGAGCGGAACCCAGGAAGGCUCACGUAGACUCCUCUUCCUCGCCCUCCUUUAGCUGCGGCGAUCUCUUGAACUGUGCCCUGAGCUUGAAAGGAGAUUUCCCCCGCGACGCCCUGCCCUUGCAGCAGUACAAACUGCCCAAGGCUUACCUGGCGGAGCGGAACAAGCUGGUGCUGCCCGCCGUGGACAAGUAUCCCGCCGGGGUCGCCUUCAAGGACUUGUCGCAGGCUCAGCUGCAGCAUUACAUGAAGGAGAGCGCCCAGCUCCUCUCCGAGAAAAUCGCCUACAAGACCUCUGAGUUCAGCCGCGGCUCCCCGAGCAGCAAGCCCAAAGUUUUCACGUGCGAAGUUUGCGGAAAGGCAAGUAAAGAGCGAACCCUCCCUUUGCUUCCCGGCGCUUCCUACCCUGAUAUUUUUUUUGUUUGCCCGCUCUAUUUCGUUCGCGUUUCAUUUUUACCGUGACGCGGUCGUGUUUCCCCGCAGGAAAAGCCGCACAAGUGCAACCAGUGCGGCAAGGCCUUUAACCGCAGCUCCACGCUGAACACGCACACGCGGAUACACGCCGGCUACAAACCUUUCGUCUGCGAGUUUUGCGGCAAAGGGUUUCACCAGAAAGGCAACUACAAAAACCACAAGCUGACGCACAGCGGGGAGAAGCAGUUCAAGUGCAAUAUCUGCAACAAGGCUUUCCACCAGGUCUACAACCUCACCUUCCACAUGCACACCCACAACGACAAGAAGCCCUUCACGUGCCCCACGUGCGGCAAGGGCUUCUGCCGGAACUUUGACCUCAAGAAGCACGUCCGCAAGCUGCACGACAGCACCGGCCCCGGCCCCGGCCCCGCGCCGCUGCUCCCGGGCCAGCAGCCGCAGUGA